AUGGAUCCUCACUCGCUGCAAAACGUUUCGGAAGACGAUGACGCGGAUUUCGAAAACCCAGAAGAUGUCACUAGAGGCGUCGCUCUGGACUGUUCCGCUCUUGAUAUGAUCGCAUUGCCGAACCUGGGCAAGUCGCUAUCUAAGGUGUGCCGAUCUGGGCGUCUCGAGGGCCUCCCUCCUAGAUGCCCCACUGACCCUAUGUACAUUUAUCCUAUCACUAGUGUUGACGUCUACACUCAAGACCAUCAGUGUACUGCCAAUUCGGUAGUUGGUUUUCUAGAGGAUGUACUCGAGGACUGUGACAUCACCGUUAAGCAGGAGAAGUUCAAACUCGCAUUGAACGUUUAUGAUACCUUUGGGAAAACGGCAUCUGUCUGUGUACUAAUGUUCUUCCUCUCUGAAGAGCAAAUGAGGUUUUGCUUCCGCUGUGACAGUGGAAGUCGUGAGGUCUUCCUUGAUGUUUACGAGAAGUGCAGAUCGUUUUUGAUGGGUGAAGCGACUCCUUCUACUACUGCUGACUUGUUGGAGAGAAUGCCUUCUCUCGAUAUGGAUGAUGUGGAGCUCCCCACUGUUGAGGAGUUGAGCUUUGAAGUUGACAUGGUCGAAGACUACAACGAUUCGAUCAAAUGCGAGGGUCUCUCUGUCUUAUCUGACUGUGGUGAUGUUGGUGCCCAGGCUGUGCUCAACAGAGCUGGUCUAAUGAGCAAAGUACUUGUUGACGAGUCGACCUGUGUGGUUCUCGCCGCAUGCAAGUUGCUCACUAAUUGCGAGUCCUACAAUGAUGUUACCGUUAAUCUGUUGAUUAACGAGGAAGUCGUUCCUGCCAUUGUUGAGGCAUUGCUCGCUGCUGAGCCUCUGUCUACCAAGGCCAACAAGCUUGCUGAUACUUUGGUUACGGUCCUCCGUGUGUCUGGUGACUUAGUCUCUCAGUGUGAUAUCCACUGCCUCGCGGAUGCCUCCGAUAUCUUCGUUGCCGAUGUUCGCGUUAGCCGUUCUCUUGAUCAGUGCCUCAUGAUGUGCGCGUAG